AUGUCACGCAUGUUUGCCUGUGUUCUCUGUCAGCGGCGGAAGGUCAGGUGCGAUCGCAAUGUGCCUUGUGCAAACUGUCUCCGGUCCCAGGCGCAGUGUAUACCGUCCGAUCAGCUCCCUCGUCGCCGAAAGCGUAGGUUCCCUGAACGACAGUUGUUGGAACGGCUGCAUGAGUACGAGAGGCUCCUCAGACAGAACAAUGUAAAAUUCGACCCGCUCCAUGGGGACUCCGCUGGCGACCAUAACAUCCCCUCACAAGCAUCUGACCGCAUCUUGCAAAGUGAGCCGCCUAGUGAUAGAGAACCAGGAAGGUCGUCUUCCCCGGUCGUCAAAUCAGCCACGGCUCACGAGGCAAAAGAUGUCUGGCAUGCUAUAAAUCAAGCGCCCGAUAAUGGUGGCAGCAUGCCUGAUUAUAUGGACGAAAACCUGGUCAAGAAGGCAUGGGACCAAGCCUACGGAAACAUUGAUCCCAUCUUUGGCAUCUCCCAAGCGGCUGUCGACCUCUCCUUUCUGCAGCCUGAACCGGCACAAAUAUUUCGGCUGUGGCAGAUUUACCUGGACAAUGUCGACCCGCUUCUCAAAGUCACCCAUACCCAUACGACACAAAACCAGAUUGUUGAAGCCGUCAGUAAUCUGUCUAAUGUCGAUCCCGGUGUUGAAGCCCUUAUGUUUAGCAUCUACUGCGUGGCCAUGUUGUCUCUUGCUUCGGAAGAAUGCGAAGUGCUACUUGGCUCACCCAAGCAGGCUCUUCUGGCGAAAUUCCAGUCUGCCUGCCAGCAAGCCCUGGUCAACUGCGGGUUCUUGCGAUCAGACAAUCGCAACUGCCUCGUUGCAUUCUUUUUCUAUCUGAUCUCCGUCAGGCCCUUUAUGGACCCUCGUUCUUUGUCAUCCAUGCUUGGUAUCGCGGUCCGUAUGGCGCAGCGCAUGGGUAUUCACAGCGAGUCGGAGUGUUCUAAGCACCCGCCUUUUGAGGCUGAGAUGCGCAGGAGGCUCUGGUGGUCCCUAGUGCUGUUUGACUCUCGCAUUGGAGAGAUGGCUGCUGACCACCGGUCUACCAUCCUGACUCCUCUCUGGGAUACCAAGAUCCCCUGGAACGUGAAUGACAUUGAUCUCCGGCCAGAUAUAAAAGUUUUGCCGACAGUUCAAGCUCCAUUAACGGAGACACUCUUUGUUGUUGUCCGAAGCGAAGUAGCAGAUUUCGUCCGUCAUGCUGCCUUCCACCUCGAUUUCACCAACCCAGUUCUGAAAGCUCUCGUGACCCAGUCCCAACAGACUCCUAGGGACGAACACAGAGAGCUCACUGCUCUUGAGCGAAUGAUAGAGGGAAAGUAUUUCAUGUUUACUGAUCCGGAAAACCCCCUUCAUUUCAUGGCAACAUGGAUGGUGCGUGGAUACCUGGCCAAGUUCCUUCUCAUGGAGCAUCAUUCAAGGUAUUCGACUACCUGCCCGACGGACGAUCAGCGUGAUAGUGGUGUUCGUCUGGCGAUGCGCAGGCUUGAAAGCGACACAAAAGUCAUGUUUUCCCCCCUGACCAGGAGAUAUGGUUGGCUUCUUGACUUCCAUCUGCCCUUCCCGGCAUACGUUCACAUUCUCCAGGAUUUGAAGAGGCGGCCCUUCUGUAAACAUGCGGAGCGCGCUUGGGAAGUCGUCACUGACAACUUUACGGUUCGAUCAAUGGCCCUUCGUAUGGCCCCGGGACCCAUCUUUGAGAGUUUUACCAAGCUUGUCCUGCAGGCUUGGGGCGCGUGUGAAGCUCACUCCAUACAGAGAGAAAAAUCACUUACACCCCCGAGAAUAGUGCCAAUUGUCAGAUCUUGGUUAGCUGAGAAUGCAGCCAACGUUGAUCCGGACCAACCUUCUCACGCUUUCCAUAACGAUAUAUCAUUCGGUGGGGUGUCAGUGGACUUUGCCCAACAAGGCCUGCCUGGAUGGUGA